UGCUCACCGGCGUCCUUCUACUAGACGCGGGUAGGAAAUGGCUGGCGGCCGAUCGCCCGCGCCUCGCCGCGCGGCGUUCGCGGCGCUGGUCACGCUCCUCUUCCUCGCCUGCGUCUUUUUCUUCUUGUCCGCGACCACCAUCACCUCGGCCGCCCCUAACUCCCCGGCCUUGCGCCUGGCCGCCGUCCGCCGGCACGCGGAGGACCACGCGGCCGUGCUCGCGGCGUACGCGGCCCACGCGCGCCGCCUCAGCUCCGACUCCGCGUCCCAGACGGAGUCCUUCCUGUCCACCUCCUCGCGCCUCUCCGCGCUCUCCUCCCGGCUCUCCGUCUCCACCGUGGCGCUGCUGGAGAAGGAGGCCCGCGGGCAUGUCAAGCGCGCGCGCGCCCUCGCCGCGGGCGCCAAGGAGGCGUUCGACACGCAGUCCAAGAUCCUGAAGCUCUCUGACACCGUCUUCGCCGUCGGGCAGCAGCUCCUCCGCGCCCGCCGCGACGGCCAGCUCAACUCGCGCAUCGCUGCGGUCUCCACGCCUAAGUCCCUCCACUGCCUCGCCAUGCGGCUCAUGGAGUCCCUCCUCGCCAACGCGUCCGCCGUACCCGACGUCGACCCCGCCGUCCCGCCACCGGAGCUCACCGACCCGUCGCUCUACCACUACGCCAUCUUCUCCGACAACAUCCUCGCGGUCUCCGUCGUGGUGGCCUCCGCCGCGCGCGCCGCGUCCGAGCCCUCGCGCCACGUCUUCCACGUGGUCACCGUGCCCAUGUACCUCCCGGCCUUCCGCGUCUGGUUCGCGCGCAGGCCGCCGCCGCUGGGCGCGCACGUGCAGCUCCUCGCCGCCUCCGACUUCCCCUUCCUCAACGCCUCCUACUCGCCUGUGCUCAGGCAGAUCGAGGCCGGGAACAGGGACGUGGCGCUGCGCGAGCUCGACUACCUGCGGUUCUACCUCCCCGAGAUGUUCCCGGCGCUGCAGAGGGUGGUGCUCCUGGAGGACGACGUGGUGGUGCAGAGGGACCUGGCCGAGCUGUGGCGCGUCGACCUGGGCGGCCAGGUGAACGGCGCGCUGGACACCUGCUUCGGCGGAUUCCGGCGGUACGGCAAGUACCUCAACUUCUCGGAGCCCGCCGUGCGGGAGCGGUUCAGCCCCAGCGCGUGCGCGUGGUCCUACGGCGUCAACGUGUUCGACCUCCAGGCGUGGCGCCGCGACCAGUGCACCGACCAGUUCCACCAGCUGAUGGACAUGAACGAGAACGGGACGUUGUGGGACGCGGCCUCCGUGCUGCCGGCGGGGCUGAUGACGUUCUACGGCAACACGAGGCCGCUGGACAGGUCGUGGCACGUCAUGGGUCUCGGCUACAACCCGCACGUCAGGCCCGAGGACAUCCGGGGAGCGGCGGUGAUACACUUCAACGGGAACUUGAAGCCAUGGCUCGACGUCGCGUUCAACCAGUACAAGCAUCUCUGGACAAAGUACGUCGACACCGAGAUGGAGUUCCUCACGCUCUGCAACUUCGGGCUCUGAAUUCUGGAGAGUCCAGACGUAGCUCCGAACAGAGUUUUGGUUUCACCGUUUUUUCUUGGUAUAUACAGGGAUGUGCGAUUUGCUAACUUUUGGCAAAGAUGACGCUGAAGUGUGCGAUUCAAACUUGCUAGGCAGGACGAAAAUUCUAUACCAACGGACUUUUACGGGCCUAUACGGGGUCUGUUACGUUAACUAAUCUUUACCCCCUGAUUUUCAGGGAUGUGGCCCCUCAUCAUGAUUUACUCCAAUUAAAAGGUCCCAGCUAGG